AUUCUCAUCAACAAAAAAAAAAGCAUACGAGCAUAUAAUUUUUUAUUGAUUAGCAAAAAGCCAUUGACAAUACCAUUACGCAAUUACCCUCACGUAACCCACCAUAUUCUUUCUUCCCCUUUCUCUCUCUCCACCCUCUGUUUCGCCACCGCCGUUCCCCGGAAUCCGCGCUGCUUCCCAACGUUCUCUUUAGCAAAACCACUCCCCAUACCCCGCCCUCCAAAGCCUUCCACCCAAAACCAAACAAAAAUCGGAGCUUUCCCUCCCUCCUCCUCCGCGAUGCCGGCCCUGAACCGCCUCCUGAGAGCCGGCGCUGCCUCCCGUCCGCCGGUGUCGGCGGCGAGGUGGUGGCUCUCGUCGCUGGCCUCCUCGGAAGCGGACGCCCGCGUCUCGGAGAGGCUGGCCCGCCGGGGGCUGCCGGCAAGGAGGGAUCCCGGCAGCCGAAACGUGCAGUGGGUGUUCCUCGGCUGCCCCGGCGUCGGGAAGGGCACAUAUGCCAGCCGCCUCUCCCAGCUCCUUGGCGUCCCCCACAUCGCCACCGGCGAUCUCGUCCGCGAGGAGCUCGCCUCCUCCGGCCCCCUCGCCCAACCGCUUGCUGAUAUUGUGAAUCAAGGCAAAUUGGUGUCAGAUGAGAUCAUCAUAAAUUUGUUGUCCAAACGUCUUGAAACUGGAGUAGCUAAGGGUGAAUCAGGAUUCAUUCUUGAUGGUUUUCCACGAACAAUAAGACAAGCGGAAAUACUGGAGGGAGUGACAGAUAUUGACCUGGUUGUGAACCUUAAGCUUAGAGAAGAUGUAUUGCUUGCGAAAUGCCUUGGUAGAAGGAUCUGCAGCCAGUGUGGAGGGAACUUCAAUGUUGCCUCCAUCGACAUCAAGGGUGAGAAUGGGAGGCCUGGUAUAUUCAUGGCCCCACUUCUACCUCCUGCACAGUGUAUGACAAAGCUAGUUACCCGAUCUGAUGAUACUGAAGAGGUGGUAAAAGAACGAUUACGUAUAUACUAUGAAAUGAGCCAACCAGUGGAGGAGUUCUACCGCAGCCGGGGGAAGCUCUUAGAGUUUGAUUUGCCAGGAGGGAUCCCGGAGUCUUGGCCAAAGCUGUUGCAACUUUUGAAUCUUGAAGACCACGAUGACAAGCAAUCUGCAGCAGCAUGAUCAUAAGUCAAAGUUUCGCAAGGAUAUGAACUGUCAUAAUCCGAUCAUGAAGUGACAAAAUGAUGCAGAGGCUCAAGAAACAUUUUUGGUUAUGUAGCUGCUAGUAAGCCUCAAGUGCUCCUUUGAAUUUUGAAACCGAGGUUUGGGAGUUUGCCAAGUACUGGAUAAGCUCUAAAGCCUAAAACUGAACCAGAGAAACUAAUUCUAAGUCUGGGAUCUGACCAGACCAAAAGAGUACAUUGCUUUUUGUUCUUCAGCAGGAUGGCUAUUGGAAACAUCGGGGCGCGCUCGCGUGGAGAUGCAUCUUUAUUUUGGUCCAACCCCUCACAAAAAACUUACCGUGCGUCCAACCUUCAUUACUAAUCGUUUAUCGUAGUCUUCAUAUGCUUUUAUUAAAGCAAUGGGACAAAACUUCUUUCUUGAGUACUGGAACUAAGUCCGAGAGGGGUUUUUUCUGUGCUGUUCCUGCUGCUGAUUGGAUAGGGAGUGCGUAUCUACUGUGGCGUUUCGCCCAUUACUUUGGCACUCGAUGUUUGAUUGGGGAUUGCCUCACCUGGAUUGGACCAGUGAAAUUCCUGGUUGGACCUACCUGCUGCUACAUUACUGGUUUCUAAAGAGCCAUAUAACUCAGAAAGCUAUUGACUUGUUGCAUAUGCCCUGAGUAAAAUAUUUUAUAUUGACGAAAUGAGAAUUCUAUUUUUUAUUUACUCUGGCAAGAAUGCUUUAUUAGUUGUUGAUCCACUCACUAUGACAUGACUUGUUAGUCAUGAUUACCAGAUUUAAAAUACUAAUCUAAUCUUGUAUGGGCAACACCAUCAUGCAACACCCA